GCGGUGCGACUUUCCCUUAACAGAAUAAUAAAAGCGACGUUUGAUUCAGCUUAAAUCGCGCAAACAUUCAAACAUUCCGAAAGCGAUAGCGAAUUUCUUUCUGAAGAUUUUGACAAUAAACGCACUCCUAGCUCAGGACUGAAAUUAACUAAACAUGGGGACGAUCACCAGUUGCUUCUACUCUCUCUGCGUUUAUGGCGAGUUUUGAAAAACAAAAUUUCUGACUUACUUUUAGCAACGGAACUGCCUGAAGCGGAGAAAUUCGACAAUGUUGUCAUCAAGUACAAACACGAAGACAGAACGGUCCUUCGUUUCCUCCAGGCCAAGCAUAAGGAAACACCCUGUCCUACUGAUUGAAUUCAUAAGAUCACCCUUACAGAUUUACUCACUUCAGAUGCAAGCGGAGAAUUCAGCCUGUUGAAGUAUUUUCGUUCGAUGGUGAAGAUCCUAGGGAAACGUUAUCAAAAUCCAGUUCCUGCCUUUUUUGGUGAGAGCAGACAUUCAGGAUUUCAUAUUGUUAACAAACAUUGAUCUCGCUGAGGAGGUGGAAGAAUAUUUUGAAGUGGAUGAGGAAGAUUCCUUAGAAAAAGACAUGGUAUUUGGAGUUCCAACGGAGCAAACCAGGAAACUCAAAAUAAAAGGAGCAGACAAUGAACUGACACGCCAACUGGAAAUUCUAAACUUUCGGAUGGUUUCAAAAGAAUUCAGGAAAGCAUUUAUAAAAGAGGUAGCAUUCCGGAUGAUAUUGUGGGAGAUAAAUAAGUCAACUUCAACAGGAAACAGCAUGCAAAAUAGUUAUCCUCAAAAUGGCACCAAUAGAAAGAGGAAGCUCCCAAUAAAUGAUUCUCAACUCACUGAAGAAUUGAAAGGAUACGUUGACCAAUCAAAGACUGCAGUCUAUUCAGCCCUGCGUCAAGAUGAGACUUUGUUCCACGAAGUAGUUGACGAUAAGACUGAGGAAAUUCGCAAUGAUUUCGUGAGCGGCACUGAAAAAUUGAGCCCCAAAGUUCAGUUAUUCCGGAAGAAGCUGGUUGAUGAAGUUGUCGAUGGAAAUAUGGCCGAAAACGUGUUUGAUAAAGUAUCGGGUCAGACAUUCCUAGUCACUAGACAUGCUACUCGCCUUGAGCCUAAAAGUAACCCUAAAAUCGAAGACGUCGAAGUGUUCGCAAAGGACAUUGCCGAUUUGAUUGACAAGUGCACAGGUAACACUAUUGAAAUCACCCACGCUUUUGGCACUGAGCAGUUCAGGAGAAACAUCAUCGAGCUAGCUGGCCACGCCAUAGUGAAAGUCUGCUGGUGGUGGAAAUUUAGUGGAAACUUUAUCAGAGACAGUAUGGUCCUUCACUGGCAAAGGAUCUAAUAAAAUUCCGGGAGGGACUCAUUAAGCGGUUAGGCAGACAAAAGUUCAACAGCAUCGGUGACUAUAGUCUAAUUAUCACACUAAAAGGUUUCACCAAUUAUAAAACCAUAAAACUGCGUGAAACUCUUCCCAGUCC